AUGAACUAACAAGAACCGCAAACAACAACCAUGUAACAAGAUCAAAUCCUACAAUCCACUGAAAUGCCCAAUUCAAUCCAAUAAGAAAGUUCAAACUAGAUCUACACCUUUAAGGCUCCUUGGUUAAUUUAUGCAAUGGGAUUUUAAUCAAAACCAAGUCCUUAAUCUCGUAUUGCAAUUUGUAGUAUGAUUGAAGAUAUUUAGAAUGAAGUAAGUUCUAUUUUAUUAUAAAUAGGUAUUUAUACUACAGUUAGAUAAAGAACAAGAAACAUUUUGUAAAAAGGCUAAAUUCAAUCAUAGAUAUGCUCCUACCAAAGUCUUGUGGAUACCUGAUAUCUAGGGUAAGUAUCCUGAUUUACUGGCAACUAGUGGUGAAAAUUUGAAGAUUUGGGAAUAUGAUGAUCAAAAUUCUCAAGUUAAGAUUAAAUGGGACUUAAAAAAUGUAUUUAAUUAAUAUUCUAAACUAAAUAUAGACAAGUGAUUUUAAUGCUCCUUUGACAUCUUUUGAUUGGAGUAGCAAAUAACAAAAUUAUAUUGGAACUGCAUCAAUAGAUACAACAUGUACACUAUGGGAUAUAGAAAAAUAGACUGUAGUUACUCAACUUAUUGCUCAUGAUAAGGAAGUCUAUGAUAUAUGUUUUAGUGUAGAUCAUUAGAUUUUUGCAUCUGUUGGAGCAGAUGGUAGUUGUAGACAAUUUGAUCUAAGGUUAUAUUUUAGAAAAUUCUUAGAGCCUUAGAUCAUUCAACAGUUCUAUUUGAGACAGAGAACAAUAAUCCUAUUGUAAGAUUGGCUUGGAAUAAAAUGGAUACUAAUUAUUUAGCAAUUAUAGAGAUGGAUGUUAAUUAUGUUACAUUGUUAGAUACAAGGUAGAUACAUAUUAUAUUUAGAUAACCACUUUUACCUUUAGCAAAAUUAAAAAAUCAUAAAGAUUAUGUAAAUGCUAUAGCAUGGGCACCUGAAUCCACAACUCAUUUAUGUAGUGUUGCAGAUGAUUCAUCAGCCUUGAUAUGGGAUUUUACAGAAUUAUAGAACAAAUAAAAUGAUUAAAAUUCUAUUGGUAUUUGUUUUAAUUAAUGUAGAUCCAUUACUUGAAUACAAGGCAGAAAAUGAAAUAAGUAAUUUAUCAUGGUCUUUGAUUAAAAUUGAUUAAGUGAGUAUUUGUUAUAAUAAAUCAUGUUAAAUAUUGAAUGUUUGA